AUGGUGAACAUCAACAUUGCAUACACCUCCCGCAUCAACCCCGCCGGUGCGACACCGGUGCUCAACGAAGCACAAAUCUGGGCUGGCCUGCAGCGCAAGAUACGUUUUGCCCAAGAAUUCGUGCCUGUGAUUGAGAGCUGCGAGGUACUUGAAGAGAAAGAUGGAGUGGUAACUAGGGACGUCAAAUUCAAGAAGGGAACGGGCCCCAAGGAUCAGGCCAAGGAAGUCGUUAGAAGCUACUGGCCGAGUUGGGUCGAUUUCGAGCAAGAAGACGGAAGUCAUGUCCGCAACAUCAUCUCCGAUGGUCCAUCUGGUGAGACCGAGGACUUGAACAUGACUUAUGCUUUCGAGUGGAUCAUGCCAAAUUUGCAAGAGGGGACUCCAGAAGCUGACAAGGAGAGGCAACGACUCAAGGGCAUGGCGAAGAAAGCAGUUGAGAGCAGCAUCGACGCGAUUCGGGAGAUGGUCAAGGAUGGCAGGGUCAAGGCAUAA